AUGAACACUUUCCCUCCUCAGCUAAUCUAUCAACAAAACGGUUCCUCGAAUGGUCAAGUGUCCCCAAAUCAUUCACCCACCCGCUCGCCGUCGCCACCAAUCGUCUCUUCAGGUCAAACCUCGCCGUCUCUCGGUUAUCCCGCAACACAUGGAGUACCAACAAUGUAUGGUGGCGGUAACAUGCCCAUGUACCCUUUUCAGCCAAAGUCACAAUCAAAAUUAUUGGCACACGCGUACAUUUCACAUCCCCUUCCCAACCAAACCUCGGGACCGCCAGGACAAACUUUAAUCUCAGCAUCCGUUGCCGUGAAUCAACAACAGCUCAAUGUUUUGUCCCCAGAAGUAACAAUAGGUUCAAUACAUUGGCAACAGCAACUCAACUAUGCUCAGAUAUCUCGUCAGUCAGCUUCCCCCCACCACCACGCUCGGCAAGCAGCUGUUGUAGCCCGAAAUUGUAAUCUCGGAAGUUCAGCAAUCGCGAUAACGGAUCCGAACAAUCCAAACAAACCCCCAGUAAAUGGUGUGCAAACGAAAAAAGAAAUCAACGGGGACAGGCAAGAUUCACUACAUCAACAAUGGAUGAUAAUUGAUCUGGGCGGUAUGGGCCUCAAGAACAUUAGCAAGGAACUUUUCCAAUACAAAUUCCUCACCACUCUCUAUAUAAAUCAUAAUAAUCUGACCUACAUCUCACCGGAAAUCUCCAAGCUAAGAAGCCUCGUGCUGUUAGAUAUGUCGGGCAACAAAUUGUCUGACAUCCCACCUGAAGUUGGAAUGCUGACGAACUUGAGGGAUCUUUUAUUAUUUGACAACAACCUCGUGUCAUUGCCAUAUGAACUGGGCACCCUAUAUAAACUGGAGACUCUUGGCAUCGAAGGAAAUCCAAUUAGUGAUUUAUUUAAAAAUUUACUACAAAAAGAGGGCACAUCGGCAGUGAUCUCAUAUUUGCGGGAUAAUUGUCAAGUACCUCCUUAUCCAAUGGAAAGGGAUUGGAUAAUGUUGGAGAACGAACCCGCUAGUGGAGAUCGUGACACCUUUACCCUCCUCUGCUACAACAUCCUGUGCGACAAGUACGCCACCACCCAACUGUAUGGUUAUACUCCCUCAUGGGCGCUCUCAUGGGAUUACCGAAAGGACCGAAUCGCGAACGAAGUACUGAACUAUAAUGCGGAUAUUGUGUGUCUCCAGGAAGUUAAUUCAUCACAAUACGAAGACUACUUCAAAGAGGUUUACAGCAAGCGUGGAGAUUAUGAUAGCGUUUACUGGCAAAAGUCGCGUGCAAAAACGAUGUCUGACCAGGAGAGAAAAUCGGUGGACGGAUGCGCGACAUUCUUCAAGGCCUCAAAGUAUCGGUUAAUUGACAAACAAUUGAUCGAGUUCAACCAGGUGGCGUUACAGAGACCCGAUAUUAAGAAGACCGAGGACAUGUUCAACCGAGUCAUCACAAAAGACAAUAUAGCAGUUGUCACAUUGCUUGAAAAUAAGAGUAGCUUAUCACGUAUUAUCGUCGUCAACUGCCAUAUUCAUUGGGAUCCGUCGUACGCCGACGUUAAGCUGGUUCAGGUGGCGAUGUUGAUGGAUGAACUGGAUAAGCUCGCCCAUAGAUGGUGUACCUUACCUAGUCAAUCACCUUAUAAUUAUAGUGAUCCUCACAAAAUAUCAACCAUCAUCUGCGGAGACUUUAACUCGACCCCUGAUUCUGGCGUUUACGAAUUCCUCUCGCGAGGCACCAUUGGACAAGAUCAUGGUGAUUUCGGUGAUCACAUAUAUGGAUCCUACACCUCGGAAGGGCUAUCCCAUAAGCUGUCACUAAAAUCUUCUUACUCCAAUAUCGAGGAAUUGCCUUUUACUCAUUUCACACCUUCAUUUACCGGAGUGAUCGAUUACAUCUGGUAUUCCACGAAUACGCUGACCGUUACCGGUUUACUGGGCGGCGUAGAUAGAGAGUAUUUGUCUAAGAUGGUUGGAUUUCCAAAUGCGCAUUUUCCUUCCGAUCAUCUCCUGAUCCUCGCCGAGUUCCGAGUAAAACCUCCACAGACGAUACCACCACCACCUCAUUUUGGUGGCCUGGCAGGCGGGAGCAGUAGUGGUAGCAGUUCGCAGCGAAGGUUUUCUUCUCAACUAGGUUCCAAGAAAUAA